UUAAGAAUCAAAAUAUGGAGUUGUAUAAGAUGUCAUUCGCUCUCAUUUCCCUCACUGCAGCCAUCUCCCUUGCCCUGCUCCAUUCCAUUCAUGCCCAAGACACACCGCAAGACUACCUUGAUGCCCACAACGCGGCUAGAGCAGCGGUGGGUGUCGCGCCCUUGACAUGGGAUGACCAAGUAGCGCGUUUCGCACAAGACUAUGCCAAUACUCACGUAGAUGAUUGCCAACUCGUCCAUUCCAAUGGACAAUACGGUGAAAAUCUUGCGAUGGGCUCCGGCGACUUGUCGGGCACAGAUGCCGUCAACCUGUGGAUCGGAGAGAAGGCCGACUAUGAUUACAACUCGAACACUUGCGCCGCUGGUAAGGUCUGUGGGCAUUAUACACAGGUCGUUUGGCGAAACUCGCUACAUGUCGGGUGUGCUAAAGUGAGGUGUAACAGUGGGGGUACCUUCAUUGGGUGCAACUAUGAUCCCCCGGGCAACUGGGUUGGGGAAAAACCUUACUGAGAUCCUUUGAGAAGUAUACAGUAUUCUAUAAUUUCUAUAGAGUAUGUACUACAAAGAAUAAGAUGGAGUUGUUGUAUGAUUCGUUGUAGAAUGACAUAUCAAUCAUGUAUUGGCAAUUUGGCAUAGAAUAAAUUCUUAUAUAUGUACGUACGUAGGUACGUUUGAUGCAUAAACUAUAACUCUAUAAGCGAUGAGCCUUCUA